AUGAAGAAAUAUGAAUUGAUGCGACGCGAGACGAUUGCUGUCAUCUUUAAGCUCACAAAUGUUGUCUGUGAGAGCUACAAUAAGUCCUGGUUCGUAUUCAACCAAUGCCGCCUGAGGGCCGUGAGUCGCAACAAAGUGGUCCUGAAUUUAAAUGGAACCUUAUUACAUCCGGUAAAUGACAUACAAGCUCACUAUACAAUGUUUAAAAGGGAGAAUGGCUAUAAGCCGUGGCUAAUUAAUAACAAACUGGACUGUUGCCGGUUUUGGCGCAAGCACUAUGAUCCGUUUUAUAAAAUCGUCGCCAGUCUCCUUAGCGAAUUUACCAACAUGAAUCAUACAUGUCCUUAUGUGGGCCCACAGAUUCUUAAGGGAUUCUAUCUGAAGCCUGAAUUAUUGCUGCUUCCCUUUCCAAUGGGUAAUUACAUGUUGUCGUUAAGGUGGUACUAUGAUAAGAGACUGCAGGUGGACACAAAUGUUAGCUUUGAGUUCAUUGAGGAUCUAAAAACUGGAAAAUAAUAUUAUAUUUAAAGAUACAAUAAUUAUAAAUGUGAAAGUUCAGUGAAACUAAGAAGUAAUAAAUGCAUAAAACUUUAAA